AUGGAACCAUCUUCGGAGCAAUCUUCUGCAUCGCCACCACCAACCGACCAAAAGGUUGCUACUGCUGCUGAUCGGGACAAUGAACAAGAGAAUAAAAGCGGAUGGGGUUGGGGAAGCGGUUGGCUUUCUUCAACCAUCGGUAAUGUGGUUCGAGUCAUGAACCAACAAACCAAUGAAUUCGGACAAAAACUGCAACAAUUAGUUGCUGAACAAGACGAUGAUUCAUCCACAACAACACAGACCACAGAGCCACCAUCUUCAUCGACUCCUCCCAAUGAUGAAUUAGAUGAAGAGAAUGGGCAAGUCAAUGACAAUGUGUUUUGCAUACUCGAAGAAGCAAGUAGAAUUCUGUAUGAUACUGAGGAGAACGAUGAUGGUAUCCAUAUCUAUGUCAACUUUAAAGAAUUAUUUAUCGAAUAUGAAGGAUUGAAACAUUUACAAGAAGUGGCUCUCUCCAAACAGUGUAAUGAAGAAUUAGCCAAGUAUAUGGAAAAUAGAACCGACGAACAACGUGACAGAAUUGAAAACAUUCUUAUUGACUCAACACAAUUCAGUACAAAGGAAGUGGAAGAAAAGAAAGACUCUUAUCAAUACAUUGCGUCACUUCCUGUUGGAAAGGAAAUUUUAGAAAUGACCAAGGCAUGUAUUGAACUGUCAAAGAAUGCCUUUAGUAAUUUGGAGGAUGUCAAAGCGGAGUGUUAUAGGUCCCUUGCUAAAUUAGCGUCAUUGGCUUCAUUACAUAUUCUAAACUUGUCACAGUAUCUGAUCGAUGUAAAUAACGGUGGAAAUCUUCCUGCACAAUGGCAAUCAACAGAUCUAAAUGUCACCAAAGAUGCUAAACAAGUUGCUAUCAUUCUUAGAGAUUAUUUACUCUUUUUAUAUUCUCAACUCAUUGAGAUCAGCAAUCAAUAUACUGAAGCCUUAAAGAAAAACACAUCGAUCGUUGGAAUUAAAUUAGACGAGCAACGAAAAGAAACUCUUGAAAAACGAGCGGUAAACAUGGCAGCUCGCUUACAUAUUCAUAGUGAUAAGGCUCUUUCCAUCAUUAUUAGCUGUGACAAGGACUUUCUUGUCAUUCUUCAAUAUCUUGGUGUCAUUUGGACUGAAUAG